AUCAAAUAAUACUAAAUAAGUGCAACUUUGUAAAAAGAACAUAUAAAACAAAACAUAAAUUCUGAAACAUUUCUCAUAUGGUGCUUGAAAGGAUAUUUCGCCAACAAUUAAAGUGAAAUAAAUUAUUAACAAUAAAAGAAAAACUCUGGAUUAUCAGCAGCCGCAACCAAGUGAAAAAAUUGGAAGAAUUUUCGAAAAUUUCGUCGCAUCAAAGACCCACCUCAACACACACACACAUACACAUUCACAAAAGAAAACAAAAAUCUUCUAAAUAAGAUUAUAUUAACACAACCAUAAACAUUUAAAAAGAAGAGGAUACCCCACAUUGCAGCACAUACACACAAACACACUCACAAUGUUUCUGCGUAAAAGUCUAGUAUUUUUUAUGCUUUUCCUGGUGCUCAGCUCAGCAACGGCGGCACGUAAAACCAAACGUCCUGUUAAGCCGGCCAAAACCUUCCCUCGCACCAAUGUAACACCUUCACCACAAGCAGCCGCCAGCACCAGCAGCAGCAGUACCACCACCACCGCCCAACCCGCCAUUAGUUCUACAACAUCGAGCACAGCAGCCCCCCUACUCAAGACGGAAAACGUUAGCAUUGAGGAAGCUGAUUUGCCCGGAAAUAUUGUACAGAAUGACAGCGAAUUGCCAAAACCAUUGGAAUCGGCUGCAGCAGCAGCAUCGGCCAUCAACGGAAAUGCCCAGUUGCCACAAGAAUCGAAGACAGAAAAGCCAAUGGCUGAAAGCGGUAAUGGCGGCGGUAUGGUUGAAGAAGAAUGUGAUCCGGAUAUGAUUGGUUUUGAAAUUAUAACGGGUUAUGUAUUAUCGGCGCCAUCAAAAAUGCUUGACACACUGCCCGGUACACUUAUGUUGACCGAUUGCCUGGAGGCCUGUCAGAUAAAUGAAUCAUGCAGCGCUGUUAAUUAUGAAACCGGACUCUGUGUAUUAUUUAAGACAACGGCGGACAAAACACCAGGUUCACUUUCUCGUUCCCAAUUCCCUGUCUUCACCAUUUACGCACAAAAAUCUUGUUUGGGUGUACGUCCUUGUUCCAAGGCCUGGUGCAUUGAUCGUGUGCAAAACUAUCGUUUAGUGGAUCAUGUUAAAUCCAGUCAAACUGUGUACUCAAGACGCGACUGUUUGGAAUUGUGUUUGGGUGAAACUGAAUUUACAUGCAGAUCUGCCAAUUAUUAUCGUCAUUCCGGCCUGUGUGAAUUGAGUGACAUGGAUCGUAUUACCUUGUCUGGAUCGAAUAAUGUGGAACCCUAUGAUGGUGCUGACUAUUUGGAAAACAACUGUGCUGAGGAGCCCAGCAAAUUGUGUGAAUUUAAGAGAAUUUCGGGUAAAAUCUUAAAGACUGUCGAUUCGGUGUAUCAGGAUAUCAACUCGAUUGAGGAAUGCCGUGACUUGUGCUUGAACUCACCUUACAGAUGCCAUUCUUAUGACUACAACGAUACCGGUGACAUGGUCUGCCGUUUGUCUCAUCACUCUCGCUCCACCUUGACCGAUGUCUUGGAUCCCUAUUUGGAUGUCCCAGAGGCUGCCACCUAUGAAUUGUCUUCCUGCUACAAUGUCUCAAUUGAAUGUAAAUCCGGGGAAAUGAUUACCAAAAUCCGUACCUCAAAAUUGUUCGAUGGCAAAGUCUAUGCCAAGGGUGCCCCCAAGUCCUGCUCCGUCAAUGUUAACAAUUCACUGGAAUUCGAUUUCCGCAUGGGCUACAAUGACUUGGAAUGUAAUGUCCGACAAUCUGCCUAUGGCCGUUAUAUGAAUGAUAUUGUUAUUCAACAUCACGAUAUGAUUGUUACCUCCUCCGAUUUGGGUUUGGCUGUCUCCUGCCAAUACGAUCUGACCAAUAAGACUGUGUCGAAUGAUGUCGAUUUGGGUGUGACAGGAGAAAUUGAGUCCUCGUUGAGCGAAGAAAUCAUCAUUGAUUCUCCCAAUAUUAUCAUGAAGAUCACCUCCCGCGAUGGCAGUGACAUGAAACGUAUUGCUGAAGUUGGUGAUCCCCUGGCCUUGAGAUUCGAAAUUACCGAUCAAAACAGUCCCUAUGAAAUUUUCGUACGCGAAUUGGUUGCCAUGGAUGGUACUGAUAAUGCUGAAAUCACUCUCAUUGAUGCUCAUGGCUGUCCCACCGACCAAUACAUUAUGGGUCCAGUACAGAAAAUGUCUCAGAAUCGUAAAUUCUUGGUUUCACAAUUCGAUGCCUUCAAAUUCCCCUCGUCCGAAGUUGUGCAAUUCCGUGCCUUGGUUACACCCUGUAUUCCUCGCUGUGAACCUGUCAUUUGUGACAAUGAAGACUCUGUGAGUGGUGAAUUGAAAUCCCUGGUUUCCUAUGGUCGUCGCAAGCGUUCCAUUGUCAAUGGCACAGAUGGUGCUGAAUACAUGGUCUCCACCUCUGCCUUCCAUCACCAUGGCCGCCAUCAACGUGAUGUUAGCCAAAAAUCUGCCGAAGAUAAUAUUCUGCUGGUCCAGUCUAUUCAAAUUACCGACAAAUUUGGCUUCAAUCAAGAGGAGACAAAUGCCCUGAAUUCCUCCGAUGAUCAUGAAAAGGUCUAUGCCGGCAUUGCCGAAGAAUCUUUGACCUGUCUCAAUGGUUAUGGUCUCAUCAUUGCCGGUGCCGCCUUCUUGCUGGCCCAACUCUCAGUGAUCGUUAUCUGGAAGACUGUACAAAAGCGCUCCAAGAAAGAACGUUAUCUCUACCAACAAGACUCAGCACCCUCUUCGGUUAAUUAUGGUGCCCCCACCAUGGUCUAUGGAGCCUCCCACCUACAGCAUAGUUCAUCACAGGGCAAGGCCGGUGAUACAUUGGGUAAACUCUAUGACAGUGGCAUAAGUGGACGUUAUGGUCAACAAUAUUGAAAAGGAGAAAAAAAAACUAAAUUUGGCAAAAUAGGCAACCCAUUUUCAACAAAACAAAAACGAACUUUUAGACUUUAGGAAACAAAAAAAAAAAAAAGAAAAGCAAGAAAUUUUCAUGAAAACAAGCAAAAAAUUGAAAUGAAUUUAAUUAAGAGACUUUUUCUACUAAUAUUUAUAUGAUAAUAAUUAUUAUUUUUUAUACGCAACAUAGUUUUAGAAGAAAACAGAAAAAAACAAAAGCAAAAAAGAAAAAAAAUCUAUGUAAUGCAUCUAGUAAAUAAUAGGAAAUAAUUUAGAAUUCGAGACAAAAACAAAAAGUAGAAGAAGCGAUAAAAACUAAUACUUUCAUUUGCCUAUGACAAUGCCGGCUUUUAAAAGCGAUCCCUAAGGGGUCAUGGAAAAAUAUCCAAACAACAACAACGAACAUUGACCGAAUACUUAGAAUUUAUUUUCCCUAAGCCCCCUCGCCGGAAUUGCUUUUUAAAACCUGGCAUUGUGUUUUCGAAACGAAAAAAGAAAAUUUAUAAAAGAAUAACGCAGGUAUUAUAUAAAAAAUUAGUUUAGGUUUUUUUGUUCUCUCCAACAACUUAGCUUUACAUACUCACUAUCUCUAUUUAAUUUAUUACUAUUAUUUAUUUUUUUUUAAUUCUCUAAAUUUUUCAAUCCUUGUGGCCACCCUCUCUAUGCAAACAAAAGUAAUUUUGGGGCAAAUUUUGAAAUAAUUUUGUAUCAAAAUAUUUCACAAAAUUUACCCAUUACUUUCGCUCCUUCCUACCUAAUAAUAAUAAUGUAUUUUUAAUGUGUGUCUAAAAAUAACUAUUUAUUUUCUUUGGAAUUCCUUAGUGUAAUAAUGUAGCAAUUGUAGUAAGAACAAAUACUCUUUUCUGUAUUUCUAUCCUUUUUUCUCCUAUGAACGCCGGCGGUAGCUAUAUAAAGAGUAAAAUCAAGGUGCUUUUCUUCACUGACAUUUUCUCGUAGUUAAGCUUAAAGAAAAACGAAUUAAAAAAGGAACACCUUUGAAAGGGCAUUUUCU